CUAAUCUCGGAACAAGAUAGUAGGGUUUGUAGCUCUAGUAUUCGAAUUGUUUCGCUUCAGGUACCGCAUUGUUGAUUGUGUUGAUUGACACAGGUUUCAAGCAUACACGCACAAGCAAAGGAACAAAAUUAGGUCGAUCCGUUCCCCGGCUCUCUACAUAAACCACCAUGUUUGAACGGUAUAUAACGGACGUGCUAACAAGCAAAUUCGGCCACAUCUUGGAGAAUGUGGACUCCGACAAGAUGCGACUAUCGGCAUGGAACGGAGAAUUAACCCUGGAAGACGUUGCCAUCAAAACUACCGCUCUCGAUACUAUUUUGGGGAGUCCUGAAAAGUCACCCGUCGAAAUCGCGUACGGCCACAUUGGUGCAUUUCGGGUGCAGAUACCGUGGAGUUUGGUGAGUGGCUUGAUUAGUGGAAGGAGCGGCGCCGAAGAAGACAAUGCGGACGCGACAAAUGCUUCUUCCGCAAUUUCGGUCGUGUUGACCGACGUCAACAUUUUGAUAACGCCACGGCGGAAAGUCGUCGUUGUGAAGAACAGCGAUGGCGACGAAUGUACCGAGCAAGGGGAAGACGUUGCCCAGAAAAGCACCGACGAGGAUCCAGAUUCUACCUCGAGGCUAUCGCUGGUCGCCCUUCGAGCCAAAAAAGAACGAAGAGUGCAGGAUCGGUUGGACGCCAAUUUGUUGAAACGCGUCACGGAAUCGUCGUUUUUGGCUACCGAAGAUCAAGAAAACGAAUCAACUUCGUUGGCGUCCUGGGCACGAGAAAAACUGGCGGAGGUGCUUUCCGAUCUAUCGAUUACCGUAAAAAACAUACACAUUCGAUACGAAGAUCCUGGGACGUCUAUGGGUUUCGAGUGGAGAGUGUUCCAGCCUGGAGGUGAUACCAAGAGUGCCCAGGAACAAGUAGACAUCAAUUUCAACAUAGCUCAUAGGUACAACAAUUUGGGUAUGGAUUUAGAUGGAACAGGUUACAGUCUGUUGAGCAGGCGAAAGUCGAUUGAGAACACCGGUAGUGGCCGUGGAAACGUGCAACAACAACGCUUUCGACCAGCCUUUUCCGUAGGAAUAACACUAAAAGAAUUCUCAGUGCAAUCAAUAGCCACACCGAAGAAUCGCCACGAGGUGCCCGAGGGCAGAAAUAAUGCGAGCACAAAUAAUGAUGGCGGAACGGCAGAUGACACAACAACUUCGAAUCUAUCGGCAACCACUGGAACAUCUACAACCGCUUGUGUUACUGAUACUUCAAAAGAAAACUUCACAAUACGGCGUCAGCGCAAACGGGCCGCCGCAAAAGACCUAGCUGUAUAUUGGGACAGCAACUCUUCACUCAUGGGCCUGAAAGCGAUCCGAAAGUUCCACUUACACCAGGAGCCGGACCAUUCACAAGAAUCUGAGAAGCUUCAUCAGAAGCCGCAGCAGGUCAAAAAGGAAUUGUUCGAUUUUUAUCAAAAUUGUUUUGAACUUCUCAACCGAGGCCCAUCGCCUUCGCGGCUAGCAUUAUCGAAUCUCAUUUCAACCAAGAUGAUUCGUACGAAACAUUCCUAUGUAUUGGAUCCCGUGUCGCCGUCCGUGGACUUGAUGCUGAUUUCGAAGCUCCCUCAAAAGGUAUCGACGAAAAGUACAGAACCACAAGACAUAGAAAACUUGAGCACAAGGUGCGAGAGUGAUGACGAGCUAUCCGAGGCCCCACUUUCAUUCGAACGAAAAGAUAGACAUUCUUCGUACUCGGCGAACACCAGUACUUCGACAACUUCUCAAUACACUAUACCUCCAUCUUCAGUCCGCAUCGAGUUGCCUCCUUGUACAUUUACUUUGUCGAGAAGCACCUUGGAAGAUACGGGUUACUUGAGAAAAUCGUUAUCCGUCUGGACCGAUACGCGGAAAACAAUUGUAUCAGAAUCAGCGUUGCGACGUAUAAUAAAAUUACGACCAUUGGAAUCAGCAAUGCAAAACCCCGUUGGUUGGUGGAAAUAUGCAUUCGAAGCAACGAAAGUGAUGAUGCAAGCAUCUUUCUUGUCAGACGUAGAGGAAGGAUUUGAGGGCUUCGACCAGGAAUUCGGAGAACCAAUGAAAGACAGCACAAACAAUCAACUUGGACAUAAACAGCAAUUGCAKCGAAGAAUGACGCCUUUGACGCGUCGAAAAGGUUGGAUUGGAUUGGUCGAAGCUGUAUCACGACGGCGGGAGUACUUUAAACUGUACAAAGUUUUGCUAGAAUCACCAGUAUCAUUGAGUGUCGACGAUAACGUGGACAAUAAGAAAUAUAAUGUCCGACAGAAUGAAGCUCACGAACGCUUGUUGCAAAUGGAAGAUGGACUCUUAGCUGGAGAAGUGGUCGCAUUUCGUUUGUACACUUACGAAGCUAUGAAGGAAGAAGAAGCCAAAGACCACUCACUCACGAUACCAGAGAAAUCUUCGUCGAGUAAUGUAGCUGGAGUUCAAAACAAAGAACAAACUCCGGUUAGCUGGGCAGCAUGGAUCAGAGGGGAAGAUACUGUAAAUGAUAAUAACACCACUCGGUUGUCGUCGACAGAGACGGAGAAUUCAAAGAAAGAAAAUAAACUUGCAAUUAUGAAAGGGGAAACAGACGAUGAAAUUAUUUCUAUUGAACAUCGACGAUGGAUGAUGAAUGAAAUGAAACAAGCAUUAGACAGAGAGCGGGAAAACAUGGAAACUCAAAAUAAUGAAAAGGGGUUGAACCAAAAAACAGCAUUGCACCGUUUGAAAAAUGUCGUGUUGACGGGUGAUAUGCCAAUGGAGCAAUCGAAUCCUAUUGUUUGGACUGCUUCCAUGCAUUGUCGCAAGAUCGCUAUUCAAAUCAAUGAUCAGCAAGCAGGUGCCGAAAGUUAUCGACAAUACCGGAAUUACAUGCCACUGAUACAAAUGUCCAGUGCAUUGGUACAAGAUCAGUCUUGGUACAAUGAUGGCUCUUGGAAAGUCAAUAUUUCUUUAGCUUCAAUGGAAGUCAAAGACCUUGUUUCAGGGAGAGGAAAGGGUUCUAAUUCCCGACGUGCAUCGACAUUGUUGGGUAGCAAGUCGAAGAAAUCUGCAAAUGAGGAUGAUGAAUAUUUGCUUUUAAAUGGAAUCCGAUAUCACCGAAAUAUGUCUGUGAUGAUCAACAGGAAAUUGCAUUGGAGUGUAUCAAAUGGGUGGAUGCAAAAAGAAUCUAACGCUGAUAGAGGAUCUACUACUACAGUGCAGAUUCGAGUAUUGCCUAUGGAGAUUGUUUAUUCUGCCUUGCCCAUCGAAGCAGUUAAGCGGGUCUUUUUGACUGCCAAGACGCCAGAAAUUGUAGACGAUUACCAGAAAGUAUUAGGCGUCGCAAAGGCUUGGAGAAACAAACAGAAAGAAAAACUUUUGGACACUCUUGCUCAUAAGAAUAAGCGGAUUGUCGUUGACAUUGAUAUAGCAGCGCCAGAGUUGCUAGUACCCGAAGAUACAUAUAGUCCAUACAGCCGAAUGCUUGCCGUCAAUCUCGGUCGAUUUCAAGCUUACAAUGACGAAAAGAUCUUUGACAGCAAGCAUUCUCAGGAAUUUGAUGAUCAAUGGAGGGUAUCGCUAAGCAACAUCCAGGUGAGGCAUACAAGUAUGGCAUCAUACCAAUCAAAUGCAAUAUCUGCACCUUCGAACGAGCAACUAGUAGAAGCAUUCUCCAUCGAUUUUGUGUUAUCAACGAGGUUUGUCAACGGCAACAAUAAAGACGACAACAAAGAAUCUCGAAUAAAUGUUUCUGCAACAUUGCCAAGACUUGCAUUCAAUAUUUCAUCAUCCACAAUCCGAUUAAUAUCAAGACUAAAAGAAAAUUUCUCCAAGCGAGACAGAAAGAUGGAAGAAGAAGCCGAACUCGUCUACGAUGUUUAUGGUGGGCUUAAUCACUUUCCUGAUCCUAGAAAUACAAAGAUAGAGCAGUCAAGACAAGAUAUGCCCUCGAAAACUGCCCAGGAUAAGAGCAUGUUCUCGAGUGGUGGUACAUCACGAAUAUUCAAGUUUAAUUUUUCGGCGCCUGCUAUUACCUUGAGGCUUGAAAAUGAUGUAGAUGGUAGGAAUAGCCGGACUGGGAAUACUUGGCAGUCAACCCCGAUCAUAGAUCUUGCGUUGAGGAGUAUCCGCGGUAGUUUUUCACAAGAGCUGACGAGUAAUGGAGAUUCGAUCACAAAGUUUGAUGCCUCCUUGCAAUCUCUUGGAGUUAUUGACCUUUACCAAAGUGCUGGUAAGGAUUUUGUUUUAUUGAUGUCUUCCAUUCCCCAAAAUCAGUUAUCUGAUAAGAUAAAUUCAAGCACGGGGUAUUCUUGGGACGUCCUUCAUUCAACUAAUGGUGAUGAAGUUCCUGAAAUCAGGAAAGAUCUAGUUACGGUUGAAUAUUCCAGUACUAUCCUCAAUACAACUGAUUGCGAUGAAGACGAGAAAUCUUGCAACGAUCCUGAUAAAAUUUCUAUUUGGUUUCAUGAGCUAUACAUUGAAUGGAAUCCUGAAACAUUGGCUGCAAUUCACGCGGCGAUGAGGACGACAUCAAUUGACGAAAAUGACAAGGAGGUUUCUGACCCGGGUAUUGCAGUUGCGCUAUUUCCGGCCGACGAUGAAUCAAGUGCAGAUGAGUUUUUUGACGCUUUAGAAGAAGAAUUUGAUGACUCAUUAGACAGCGGGAGCCCCCGGGACCUAUCAGAGAUAUCUACUUCAACCGAUAGCCUAGCAGCAUUGGGAAAGUCAUGGAGUGACCCUUCUACUUAUUAUGGGGUUGGUUCCCCAAUAAUAUCGUCCCCUUUGUCUCAGGCUGUUGGUAGUAGAUUCUUUGGUCAACGGGUUUCACUUUCCCCUGGAUCAGGAUCUCUAGGGAUGGGACACUUUCAAAGUGCGCGAAGUGAGUUCUUCGACGCACUAGCAGUAUCAAGAAGCAACAGUGGUUCCGAUAACAACAAGAAAGAAAGGCCAAGACAAAGAGAAUUAGUCUUCAAGCUCUCAAAACUUCGAGUUAGCUUCAAUAGAGAGACAAGACAUCGCAAAGUAAUCGUUGCACAAAUGGAUAGAACAUUUGUCUCGUAUGAAACAAGGUACACGGGUGGAUCUAGAAUAAAAAUGAAUCUCGGUAACUUAGUCUUCGUCGACCCGGCCCAUAAGGAGAAUAAGACGCUUUACGGACAAAUUCUAGGACUCCAAACAAAAUCUGAGGAUGUCGACGAGCACAGUUUUUCGUCACUUCUCGAAAUGGAAGUUUUGAUGAACCCAAAAGUAAGAACAUUUUCAUCGACAUUACAUGGCACCAGGUCAGAUACGGUUGCAAUCGAUAAGGAAGGAGGGAAGAUGACGGGAAGCAACUGCUGUGUAACUGCGAAGCUGAGUCCAAUGAGGUUUGUUUUGAUAGAACAACUCUGGAUGGAAAUAAUGGAUUAUUUUUUUCAAGGAGUUAUCGGAAAUGAAGUGUUGGGCGGGGAAACAAAAGAAUCUCCCGCCGAGAACCCUCUUGAUCUUAUCGGGCUAAGGCCAAUGGAUCCUGGCUUUGUCUUUGGAGCAGAUGCAGAGGGGAUCAGUUUUACUCGAUUUGAUGUAUCAUUGGAUUCUCCCGUGAUUCUUUUUCCUGUCACAUAUUCUUCUCCCGAGUACCUUCGUUUGAGACUUUCCAAUAUACGUCUUCGUAACGAAUACAAUGGGGAUAUCAUUAAUGAUACAUCCUUUGACAUUGAUCGCAUGCAAUGGUUCAAUAACUGCAAAAUAUCACUGGAUGAUUUGCAGUUGUAUAGCUGGUCAGGGCGCGAGCUAAGUCGGAAUCCAGUUGUUGCAUAUGUCUCAUUGCGAUGGCCCACUGGCCCGUUGGCACCUUUAAUUAUACCGAAAUGGAAUGUCGAUUGUCGUUUUGAUAGCCUCGAUAUUUCUCUUUAUCGAUCGGACUACGCUCUCUUGCAGAAUAUUAUCUCUUUUAAUAUCGGAGAGCCAUCUAGACACAUGGAUGAAUGGGAAGCACUUCAAAAUCUCUCCCCGAAUGCAUUAGACAAGUUGAUGAGAAAUAUCAUUGUCCAUUUUGGGUACGAUCAGAAGAAUGUCGCCCCGAGUACUUACGACGUAAAGCUUUCCAUACCAGCGUUCAGUGCUGGCUUCUUGGAAAACGGCGAAGAGGCCUCGUUGCCAUUGGCCGUUGCUCGAUGCUUCGAUUUUAAAUUUCAAAUGAGGAAAGAAUCAGAUUUGAUCGUGGCUCAGAAAGUCACGUGUGAGAUUGACUUUGUUCGACCGACAGGAGAGGAGGAUGGCUUUGAAACAUUGAUGACAAUAUCGAGGGACAACAGUGAUUUUGAUGGAGAAAAAGAUAACCAAAAUCGUGCCCAAUCCGACUUCAUAUACUCAUCAACAAGUUUUCCAAAUGGAGAUAAUGUGAAGACGAUUGAGAUUUUUGAUCCGUGCAUAUAUGUAAUUGUUCCGGCUUGGACUCAAUUUGCAGCCUUCUUCGAAUGCAUAUCACCGCCUGUCUUUCUUAGCGAACAAGAGAUCGGAUCAUCAAUCCAAGUCGGCGAUCGAUGGUAUCAAAUCAGCGACAACGAUAAUAUUGCAUCUGUUAACGACAUUUCGUCCGGAAUCAAUAACGUUGGGAAGAAAAAAUUCAGCUGGAUCACUUCAGAACCAACACCUGAGGCGUCUCGAAGAUCUUUGGUAGCUCAAACCCCUCCAGUCCGUCAAAUCAAGCUUCUCCUGACUUGGCCUCGGAUAAUCUUGUCUUCAGUAACAGCUGACGAACAACCGACUCGUGUUAUUUUAAGAAUGAAUCAUGCGGACUUCUUGCAAACGGUCGAUGGACGGGAAUUCAAGAAGAUUAGAUCUCUUUUUCUUCACGAUGUAGAAGUGUACACGUCUUCCCAGAAGUCGUCAACGCACUCUACAACAAAGAAGGAGGAAAGCAAUUCGCUCAUUCGUCCUUGGAGUCUCUCUGCUAUUACGACCACUUGCAAUGGAGAAAGUAUCGGAGACUGUCAAGAACACACUUACAAGUUAAGUUGUGAUAUUUUGCGUGCCCGCGCUGCGUAUUCCGACAUGUCGAUUGCGACUGACGUUUUCUUGAGCGUCUUGCAUUCGAAGAGAGAAACAUCAAAUAAUCCAGCAGCAGAUAAAAUGCCGCAACAACAAAUUAUUUCCAGUGAUUCUUUCGAUUAUAAUCAAUCCACUCGUAUCGGAUCAGACAAUGCUGAGGACAUCAACGGCAAAGAUGAGAACAAGUAUUGCAGGAAACCUACUUGUAUAUAUGAUAUUCAGUGCGAUGGUUUCGAACUGAAAAUUGCAGAUGAUAGGUAUGUUCAGGCUCACAUUUCCAUGAAUAUGAGAUUCAUCGUUCAAGUUGACUUAACCUAAGUCUUUCUCUCUCUCCCUUUCUUUUAAUUGUUGCUAGUGGGCGUCACUUUUCUAGAUACCAAGACCUAGUUAUUUUAUCUGUGGGGCAAACACUGUUCUCGCGACAUGACUCCAAAAAUCAGACGACCUCAAUGAAACUCUGGUUAGAUUGUCUUGAUUUGUUUGAUUGUUUACAGCCGGCCAAUUCUACUUUUCGAACUGCGGCUUCAAGUUACUCAGAGGUCAUGGGCAUCAGAAAUUCCAUAGACGAUGAGGGACACAUGAGUGAACUCAACAACGUUCAUAGAAGUAUAUCUAGAGUGAUGCCAUGGAAAGACUUCGGUACAAAAUUUGAUGGAAAACGAUACUUUGAAGUAUCUCAGACAUUUCUGAACAGAAUAGACGAAACCUCAAGACAGUGUUCUCACUAUUUAUGGGGAGAAGGUGGAGAAGGCCCUACGCCAGGCCUGAUCGAAAUUGCUUGCAAAUUCAACGAGGACAGCUACCAAGAGUACGACGUUAGAUUUCGCAAGUUUGCAGUUCAAUGGAACCCGUCAACAAUCAUCGCUAUGCAACGCUUCUUAGGGAGACUGAGAAAAGAGUCGAAAACAAUUGCAGUCCAAGUUGUUCACAGCCAACUUGACAAUACGAUUGAUAAAUCCAACGUAGACCAAACCGAAGAAUCUCAAGAAAAAGACAUAGACGCUGAUAAUUCAGGAAAACAUCCACUGAUCAGGGCGAAAAUACAGAUUGACAGCUUGACAGUUUGCAUGAAUAAAGAACAUCAACAAAGAAGACUUCUAGCGCUGACUUUGUCAUCCUGUAAUCUCUUCAUGCACUCGUCUGAAGAAGGGAUGACUGUAGAAGGGCAAAUUGGCGACUUGUCUGCGUUUGAUAAUGAUAAGUACAAAGUAGCUGACCUCGAUGGAGAUUUCAUCACAGACAGAAAUCGAAGCGUCCUUUCAGUAUUGACCGAUGAUGGCGUUGAAAAUACCGAGAACUUCCUCUACAUUCACUACAAAACAUUCACGAAGAAAGCAACAUCUGCUUCAAAGGCUGAUGUACCAAAAUGGAUCAAGUCCAACCUUCCAUCGCCCGAUGACAUCGAUGACUUUUUGAGUUUAAAGGUAGCAACCAUCCGUUUCACGUACCUAAAGGAGCGCACCGACGAACUGUUGGACUACCUGUCAAACGGACUUCCAGGUAAAGGCAUGGGUGCAACUUCAAGGGCAGCCAAGGGCUUUAUAAGCAGGAGGAUCCAGACGAGGAGUUUUCUUGAGCUCAGAGUAAAUUCACCGCAAAUAUUUGUACCGCAACAUGAAAUGACAGAGCAAGGUCUCGGAUUAAAGUUAGGUACGUUAUUAUGAAUGGAUAGAUCGUUGAUCCUAAAUCCAAAGUGUCUCUCACACUUAUUCCCCUUUUAAGGCGACGUAAAUGUCCAGAGUUGGUUCGAAGAAGCAUUAUCUGGCAAGAAACAUGUCGGAGAUUCUGAGUGGUGGCGAGUCCUCUCUCUCAAGCUUUCUGGAUUUUCUUACGGCAUGAUCCGAAAGGGAUCAAGCUUUGACUCUUUAUCGUCAGCAACAUAUCCAAUCGACCUUGGCAUUCUCUUGAGGAAACCAACAAUCAAGGGUAGGACACUUUCGAUUCGAGGCACGAUGUCUUGCUUUGAAGCAGUAUUACAUUAUGAGGACUAUGUUCUACUACGUGCAGUUGCAAGAGACAACAUCGGCCGUUAUGUCAACACAGAUAAAUGGGACAACGUCGAAAAAGCCUAUUGGAUGGAAGAGGAGAAAAGCUCCGCAGAGAAGGACGUCGGAGAAUCGGUCAGUCAGCACGGCGAGGUGUCAAACAAAGUCGCAUAUUCAGCCAAUGCCCGUUUUGUGCGUUAUGGAAAAGGCGGGAGAAAGGGAUUAAAGCAAAAGUAUCCAACAAACGAUAUAUCAAGCCUUGAUCAAUCAGAAAAUGUCUCUACAAAUACGCUGGAUGUGCGUUUCGAUUUGGCUGGUGUGGCUUUAAAGUUGAGGCGAAACGACCUCCCGGAAGGAAUUAUUGAGGAAGAUGAUAUUGCGAAGGCUUUCCAUUAUGAUGUUAUGCUUUUACGUGUAAGAAUGGUUGAGGUACAGGCUACCGCGAAUGCAGCAGGUGACUUCUCCUUCAAUCUAUCUCUUUUUCGUAUUGGAUUGUUUGAUCUUGGUGACAACGGUCGUCUUAUCAGACAGAGAUAUUAUCAUUCUCUACCAAACAAUGAUAGAUUUGGUGGGAAGCGAAAAAAAAAGGCGCUCCGCCAACCCUGUCCUUUCAUUGUUCUUACAGAAGGAUAUUUGUCCGCGGACGACAGUGAUGCAGUUGUCAUUGGAGAGUCAGAUAUCGAUGGCCCAGAGUUUGUCAUAACUGUUGACAGAUGUUCUGCAUCUACUACAAACGGGUUUCAGCCGCUCUCUGACACGGGACUUCCACCGGAUACAAAAGUGACUUCAGCUAAGGUAGUGAUGAACUAUCUGAGUUUCAAUGCCAUCGCUCGACCCUUUCGUGAGAUUGCUGACUUUCUUUCGUGCAAGUGGUCAACAUCCUUAGAGUCCUCGACACUCUGUAAAGAGGAUAAUGAUAUUGAAACGCCAAUCGCUGAAAAGAAAAUAGUAACACAUGACGGCAUUGCUCAUGAUUCAUUUCAAGGUUUUCAGCUAAAAGUUGUAGCUCAUUAUCCAAGAGUAUUCUUUUUAGCAGAUGAAAGUGAUUUGCACUCACGGGCUCUGGUACUUAAAGGGUAAGUCUGAAUUUUGUGUGAAGUAUAUUCGACUUUUGAGAUGCCAAGGUCAAUCUGACGUAUUAUCUCUGUGCAGGCUUGCUGUCGUAAACAUUAGCAACGUGAACAAGAAAGAAGUAUAUGGUGGAAAAAAUGCAGACUCAGUCGACGUGCAGCGAAUUACUAUGGUCGGUGCGCAGCUGCAUGGAUUGGAAACAUACAUCAACCCUGAUGUGAGCGCUACACUACGCUUUAGUGAAAGGCACUCUGAAAUGUUUGAGGCUAGAGACUCUCCUAGUUUCAAACCUGCUUCCGAUGAGAGGUCGAUAGAUGAUCCAGAUACUUUAGGUGUGGCUUUGAUUCAGCCUGUUACAAUCGGAAUUGAAUACACGCAAAUGGAAAGAGGCUUAUUUCCUACGAGAAGAUCAUUGCAAGUCAACAUUGAUCCUGUUUCCACAAUGUUGAGUUUUGAAGAUUUAGAGCUUGUGGAAGUUGUUCUUAAACGAUGGUCUUCAGAUCGAACCAAGAAUCCUAGCGAUGGGACGAAUCCUCCAGAGCUUCUCCACAAACCUAAUGUGACGGAUAAAGAAUCCGUAGCACAAGAAAAAAUCAAUUUUGAAGUCUCAUUCAAUACAACACGACUAGGUCUGGGCCUAAGAACUGAGGACAGUCGUGUGGUUGUAAGCAGCAUUCAGAAAUCCGAGUAUGCACGCCAGAUUAACGAUGGAGACACGCUGAUUUCUGUGGGUAGCGAAAAUGUUCGGAGUAAGACACUGGAACAGAUUGUAAGUGUAUUAGUAGGAUCAGAGAGACCAGUCGUAGUGGGCUUCGAGAGAAUCAGAAAGCGAGAAGAAUCCGAGAAGGUCCUUGAAGGCACCCCAUUUGACGAUGAAAAGCCAGCAAGCUCAUACAUAGACGAAGACUCAGAGAAUGAAUAUUUUAUUAGUUGCUACAGUCUGCAUUUUCGACGUGGAAUGCAACUUGGGCUUUUCUUCGAGAGAAGUAUGUGUGGGCAAUUUCCGGUUGUAUCGAAAAUGGUGUCCACAAUCGACGACACUGUUGUUUUGUCGGGUAGCGCAGAUGAGAUCGAUUCCGAGCAGAUUGAAGUUGUUGAUUCAAUUUUUAAAUCAGAGAACAAACGACUACCAAGGAUUGGUGCUGUGAUUGUAGCUGUUGAUGACAUUCCUGUUGAGGAAAUUGGAGCCGAAGAAACCUGGAAUAUUUUGGCAAAGGUUCAGGAAAUAGACUCAACAGUAGAAUUUAUGGGGACUGCCAUUGGAAGCAAUUCAACGUUUUCUUUGACCUUUCAAGAAACACCCGCAUCUACAUGGGGUAAUAUCGAUUCGAUUGAAGUAUCAUCUGCUGGGAUGGCGCUUUCUUUUAUUGACGACCUCAAUGGGAGAGACAUGCCCAUUUUUCGCGGAAAACUUGAUUCCGUUCAAGUUCACAUUGAUCGUGGUUUGGGGAUCAAUGCUCACAUUCUUGACAAUACGAUUCCUUCGCUGCUCACGCCUCUUUAUUCGGUUUCUGACGAACAGAAUCCCGAAAUGACUCUGUCGGAGGAUCAAGUGCGAGACAUUCAGACAGAAUCUAUAAUCUCGUUCAGCGCAAUAAGCAUUUGCUCUUUGGAUUAUUUUCGCUCUCGUGUUUCUUGCUGGGAGCCACUAUUAGAGCCUUCUCAGCUAUUCUUCCAUUUCGAAAAACAAGAUGGCAGCGUUCAAGCAAAUAGACCGGCUCAAGUAGCUUUGGAGGUGUCAGAUCGUCUUCUUCACAACCAAUUUACGAGACCAAGCUUCACGCAAAACAAUCAUUUUGGUGAAGCACACAUGGUAUCAGUCAAUGUGACUGACGCUGCUGCCGAAGUUCUGGUAGAAGCAUCAACCAGGUGGAAAGAUUGGAGAAAGAGCCUUCUUUUGGAACCUGGAGAAGAUGAUUUUGAUUAUGCGGACAACUUGAUUCUGGACGAGCGAUAUAAUCAUUCCAAAAACGAUGGUUCGAAUAUGCAUGAGGUUGAUGGAGAGCAGCAAAUUGAGGAAGAAGUGAUCGAAGAUAAACAACGUCAGUUGGCUAAAAGAGCUGCUGCCAAAAAAGCCGCGCAGGGUGCACUUAAUUUCGCACAAAAGCGGGGAGCUGAAACUAGCAAAAAGAGUGAUUCAGCAAAACCGUUCAUCUUCAGAAAUCGUACUGGUAUUUCUAUUGCGUUCGUUCAGCAGGGUCGUGGUAUGCGAAGUCGUGGCUACUCUUGGAGAGGAAUGCGACAAGAUGGUCAAAAUUCAACUAUUGGAGAAUACGAUGGUCUCGAAGAGUAUGAACAGGAAUUCAUUACCGAAUUAGCAGAUCAGGAAGAUGCUAAGUUUAACAUGGAACUCAUUGAGGAAGACUUCAGAAAUGAUGGUGGUGCGAAGAAUGCCAACAACAAGAUUAGAAGCUACGAAGGGCGUUAUCCUGAUUUAAUGGUAGCCAUUCAGGCAGUAGCUGGCGUUUUGGUAGAACCAAUAACCAAUCUCCAGGUAUUCAAAGUCGGUAGCACUAUUCGAAUUUUAACUGUCAAGAAAGAUAGCGGUUCAUACCCAGGAUCAGAUUCCACACGCAAUGAUAUCCAGGUUGUUUGGAAUGUGGAAAUUCAAGAGAAUCGGCGUAUCCUCACUCUUAGCACAGCAGUACGUGUUGUUUCGGCUGGGCUUAAUAUGCCAAUUGAGAUCGGAUUUCGGCGCGAUUUAAAUGAACAUGAUAGGGAUCAAUCAUUGGAAAGCUCGACAACCUCCAUUGGCAUUGCUCGGCCGAAUUGCCCGUUCUACAUGCCUUUAUGGUUAGCACUGAAGCUAGAACCUAUUAGUAUUUACGUGCGACCAAUACCUACAAAUGCUGUGGAAUACUCAUGGAGUGAAUCAAGCGUUCUGCAUUUUGGUUCAUUUGUGGAGGAGCGCAUAAUGAUAAGUGGUCGUGGACUAAAUACCUCAGCGACAGGAAAGUGGACAUGGGAAGAAACUUUCUCUCACCUGGGAUGCAUCUGUUGUGAUUCUGGAGCGGAUGGAUCAAACCCCAUGUGGUUUUCAGUUUUCGGAUCGUCGUUGGCAAAGCGCUCCGAAAAUGCUUUUGACAAACACCAAAGAGAGAUAUUAAAGGAGGAGCUCGGGAAACAGAAAAGCGAGUUUGAAGCUUAUGAAGUUCUAUCGGUUACAUUGGAUUCUGGGCUAACAAUACGAAACAUGUUGCCUUGUAUGAUGGGUUUAGAAGUGAUCCAGAGAAUAGAACCACUGAGUGAUUCGGAACCGUUCGAUAACAUACGAAGCCAUUUCUCAUUUAAUGAAGUUGAACCAGAUGUAUCCAAAUUCGACACUUUGAAAGGUGGCGAGUGCACAGAAAUUUUUGAAGUUAAUUAUACUGCGACAGUUCCAAAAAUACGAAUAAAGCAGCAAAAUUACAAUGGUUGGUCAACUUGGGCGUCUCUACGACUAAACAAAGCAUGCAUUCUCAACCAAGACGAUGAUGUCGUUCCUAGAAGUGAGAAAACAGCUUCUGAAUUGACGGCUCCGUCUCAAGUCAAUGUUCAAAUUCCUGACUGCUCUUUUGGAAUUCCCACAACCUUUGGAAUAAGGGUGGAGCCAAAAAUGACGAUAGCCGAUCCACAGGUUGGUCAUGUUUAUGGUCUAGAAGUCAUAAUAUAUGCUGAAUUAUGGAUCAGAAAUAUCACCUCGUUACCUCUGAGCUUUGGGUGUCCCUCAUAUCAAAUACACGAGCCGGAACAAGCUUUUGGUAAAAGCAACAAUUCAUCUGAUGAUUCUGAGGCAAAAUUUACGGCUGAAUCAGCUUUGAUGGAGCUUACGAGUCUUUUUGAGGUUGGCGACAAAGGGACGGUGUUGAAACAGACAGGAGGAAAGCAGUUUUUAGAGCGAAAUAAUGUAAUAGAGAGGUUGCCGGGACAAGAGUGUCGUAAAUUGACGGAAGAGGUGUUUGAAUACGUGGAAAUCGAGAAUUCGACGGUGAAGAGAAAAUGGUGGGCAUCAGAAAGUCACUAUGGUUACCAUAAACAAAUUUUUGAUGUCGAUGACACUGGUGCAAACUGGAAAUGGCUGGACGAGAAAUGGGUAAGAAAAAAAAAUGACCAAUUUGUCCUUCUUUUCUUCAGAAUUAACCUAACACAAGCUUUUGUUAGUCCAUUGACUGUUCUGGCGGAGCCAAACCUAACGUAGGAGGGUGGGAAAGCUGCAAGGGUCUUUACACCGGAAAUGGAUCAUUUGGUGGUAAACGUGAAUUCAAUCCGUCAGAUGGAUUCCGUCGCAGGCGUUUCUUUCGGGAAAGGAGCGGCUGUUUUGAACUUAGUACGACAUCGUCACCAAUGGAUUUGGAAUCGCGAAAUAUACAAAGGUACCUAGGAGGGAUACAGGCAUUUCAUCAACCUCUGAACGACUCCUUUUCUCGAGAGCAAAGACGGAUGAAACAGCAAAAUAAUGUGGAUGAUGGGAAAUUCGUCAGCCAAAGUGUUCUGAAUGAUGACAAGCUGAAGAUUGCCAUCAGAUGUGGUGACGGAGCAUGGAGUGCCGCUGCUGAAAUAUCUAAUUCUGGAACUUGCUAUGGAGUUACCCGCGUUCUCGCUUCUAGGUGGCCUACACUGACUCAGAGGCACGGGGAUAUUUCACAACCUAUCCUUCUGCCAAAACUCUUUGUGAAACGAAAUUCUUAUUCGAUGCUUAAUCCAACCGAAAUGUGCGACUUUAAGACUGGGUGCCUGGCACCAGAUCUCUACGAGUUCUGCUAUACUGUCUCGGACGUGGAUGGUGAAUGGGGUGAAUUUUCAAGGUCCAUGGAAGUAUCUCCCCGUUUUCUUAUCAGAAACGAUUCUAAUACUGUUAGCAUGAAAGUGAAGCAAACCGGGGCUCCUAACUCCACUUGCAUGAUAUUGAAACCCGGAGAAGCCAAACCUUUCUAUUGGGCCGAUUUUCGUCUUCCCAAACUGGUCAGUACAAUUCCUUUCGACAUUUCUGGUUCAGAAAAUGAAAAUUUUAGAUGGAGUGGUGGGUUUGACCUUUGUAACCUCGGAAUGACCCCUGUGCGAAUCCGGACUGACAAAAUAGGAACUAACACCCAAAAUAAUAGCACAGUGGUCACUUCUGUUCGAGUCCUUGUGGAAGUUCGUCCAGGAACUGGUGGUCAUGGAAUUAAUGUUUCUUUGAGAGAAGAAGAACCGAAUGGGGAUGGGUCGCUGUUCAGAAUUGAAAAUCUUUCCCCAUUCCCAAUUUGGUUGUCACAAGAUGGAGUCUUGGCAAAUCCGAGCUCUUCGUUACGUAGUGCUGGCAACAACACUUCGAUUUCUGAUGGUGAUCAUUUGCCACCAAAUUCCAAGGCAGCGUUUGCUCUUGAUGUACCUUACAGGCAAGGUAAAUACGCGCAUAGAAAAGAGGCUUCGUUGUCUGAGCUCAUGCAUGUUCGUGUUGCAUUGGCACCUCUCUCUAGUAGGGCGGGGAUAGAGUCUGUGAAGGUUAUUGGUCUCGCAACAAUGGGUGAGUCUAUUCGAUUGAAUCCAAUGAAACUUUCAUCAAAAUUGACUUCGAAAGAUAGAGAAAUCAUUCAAAACAUUCGAGUUCUUGGUGUGGUGGCUACAGAUGGGCCCACUCGCGUUCUUCGAUUCUGGUAAGUUGUUCUGCUGAUUCAUGAUGCAUUUCCAUCUUAUUCACACUACUGUUCUAACAGAAUGGCUCCUUCCUCUUACAAGCCUCAUGGUGCAUUCAAAGAGUGACUUAGCAUUUCAUAAUGCUAUACCUGAUAUAUCUUAUGUCACUUCGACUCAGCUUCCUCAGAUUGAGGAUGUUCGAAGAACAAAUCGAAGAGAUUACACCAACGAAGUAAUAAAGGGACUGAACGAAGCUACCAGAAUGGCAUCGAUGGGAAAAAUUCCCCUGGAGAUAGAAGCGAAGAGGGAGGCACUCUUUUUAGAUCUCAAGUCGAACAAAAAUGGUGACGGAGAUUACAAUGAUGGCGGGGCGUCGGACAAAAUUUUCUCUUUCCGUAUUGAGUUUAGUGGUUUUAUUUUUAGUUUUGUCGACUCAGCUCCUUCAGAGAUAGCUGUGACUUCUCUCAGAAAUAUGAACGCGCUGGCGAGAUGGAAUAGUUUGAGGUCAACGGACGCUACAGUGUUACUUUCUAUUGGCUGGCUUCAGAUUGACAACCACGUCCCGAGUGCUCCAUUUAAAGUCGCUGUCCGACCCGACACGUCCAAACAGCAAGGUGAAGAAGGGAAAUCCAACUCUUCCCCUCUUCUGGUGGUUGCGAUAGCUUUUGCGCCAAAACACAAAACGAAAAUUUUAGUUUUGCGCUCGGUAACUGUCGCGCCGCGAGAUAUUGUGAUUGCACUUGAUUUAGCUUUUCUCGUCCGCUUGCAACGAUUCUUUAUGGGGCUUCAGGAUCAUUUGCGCAAUCGACAACACGACGCUCAGCUGGGACUACAACCUGAUGGGUUGGUGACAGAACAAAAGAAAAAAAUUGCUUUCCCGAAUUUUGCGAGCCCGAAGAAACAGCUUGAGCAAAUUGCUGCUUUCAACGAAAACAGAAAAAUUUAUUUUCAGGGAUUGACAAUUCUACCAACGAACAUCAAGCUCUCAGUGGCGUCGGCUAAAGCCCUUACUUCCGAUCAGGCUAGUUUGGAGGGUAAAGAGACAGCGGCUAUUCACACAGCGGUUCGUAAAGGUGAUGUUCUCGUUGGCAGCAAAAGUUCUGGACCCCUAGGUGUUCGUGUGGGAAAAAAGAAUAGAACUGCCUUAGCUGUUGUACGUGGCGUUUUCAAAUCGAUUGUUGUUGAUGCACUUUUGCGGCUGAACGGUGCUUCGCUUAAUUUUCACGGCGUAUUUUUGAGAAACCACAUCGCCACGAGCACCCAACUCUCGACGUAUCUAGCAGCACAUUACCUGUCAUCGCUGAAGCACAAUGUACCAGCACUGUUAGGGUCGCUUUCUGCCAUUGGAAAUCCGUUAKGGUUGAUUCGUGGAAUCGGGGAUGGAGUUAAUGACUUUGUGACUGAACCGAUGAAAGGAUUUAAGCGAGCUUUGAAAGAAUUAGAUCCUGGAUACGCUGUGGAUGGCGUAGCAAGAGGGACGGAGUCAUUGGCUCGUCAUACGGUUGGUGGAAUAGCGGACUCGGCAUCUCUUUUGAUGGAAACAUUUUCGAAGUACAUGGCUGUGGUGACUUUAGAUAGAAGAUAUGCGCAAAAACGCGACCGACGCAAGUCAUUGCGAAUGAAGAGUGAUGCAAAAGUAACCUUGGUGGGUGGGGUGGAAAGUGGGUUUCUCAAACUUGUCACAGGCUUUCGGGAAGGUGUGACCGGGGUUGUUCGGGCACCGAUAAGGGGAGCCGAAAAACGUGGUCUUGAGGGAUUCGCGAAGGGUCUUGGGAAGGGAUUACUCGGCUUACUCGUCAAACCCAUUAUCGGAAUUACUGAUGCAGCAACAGACGUCAUGAUUGGGGUGAAAAGUACUGUCGAGUAUAAGGAAGUUCAAAAGGAAAACCUUGCUUUGUUGCGCAACCAGUUUCGACCCCGUCGACCAAUGUAUGGACGGGAUAAGGUGCUACGCCCUUUUUGCAUGGAAGAUGCAGCUGCCGCUACACUCAUGCUGAAGACACGAUGUGCGGGCGAAAAUUACUUGAGUCAUCUGGAUAUGAAUGAUCGGGUUGCGUUGCUGAGCGUAAAAAGAUUGAUAAUAUUGGGACCAAGGGGAGAAGAACAACUAGCUUUGAAGUAUGACCACGUAGACAGCUUGGAGGUUCGUUCAAUCAGACAGGCGGAUGGUUUGUCUUAUGGUUGGGGCAUUAUCGUCAUUUUGAAUACCCCGAGACGAAAUGGCAGCGAUGUGGAAGUGAUUACAUGCCGAUCCGAACAGGAAGCAACUGACCUAUGCAUGAUGAUUCAACAAGGAGUCGAUUUGGUAGCUCUAGAUUCUAUCCAACAAAUUUAACUACAAGUUGUUGCGCUUGCAGAAAUAACAGUUAUAUCAAAUU